AUGGCUUCACGGGGGUUUUCAGGCGUUCUCGAAUCGACGAGUCUGACCUCACUGAAUGCAAUCCAUGGCAUCCCCGCGCAGCCCAGAAAACGCAAAAUCUCCCAGGUUGACGUUGAUGAGCCGGCGGAUACAAUAAUAUCCAUCAAGGGCCAUGCGUCGUCGCUAUCGGACAACGAGUUCAACCUAGCACCAAUCGAGCUCCUCCCACGCUCCGAAUUGCCCUUUACAUGGCUCGACUCAACGACGGCGGUACAGUCGGGGAAUAUAUUUAUUAGCAACAAUGAGCUUCUGGAGCACUUCUUUUCUGGUGCUGGUAGCGAAGAACCGCUCGUGUUGGCGGUCCGGCUUGCUUCGAGCGGCGCGCUUUACGUGGUCGAACAGAUCAAGAAGCGCAUAUAUGCGCUGACAAAGCUACAGUCUCAUAUAGAUGAGGGCGAAGUUCGAGUUACCGCGAAGAGAUCUCGGUUUUGGAACUCGGUUGCACGUCCGGCGAAAGGAGCUGCAGACUGGAGGGAGGCGGCAAAGGUGCAAGAUCCUGGCGACGACAACCACGGUGCAUUCUUGAAGAAGACGAAGCUGGAUGUCGUUGUCUCGUUUGCAAAUACCACUAGUCAUGCGAAUGUGCAGAGCCAGGAACCUGCACAGCCGGCGGAUGAUCAUUUGUUUGUUUCCGAGUUACAAGCAUAUGUUCACGCGCCACCAGAAGACAAUGUUCCCCUGCAAUUUCCCGAGGGUGAAGUAGCGCCUUCUGCUGAAGCUAUCCUAGACAACUUGAGGUUGCAGUAUCUAGAGGCGCUUUAUAUCUCCAAGACCUCGGUUGCAUACUUUGCCAAAGGGCCCUUGACCAGAAGCCGCAAUACAUUUCAAAAUUCAACUCCGGAAGGCAGUGGCUCUUCCGAUCUUUUGGCCUUUUACAAAGAGUCUAUUCUUCCCGUAAAAAAGAUGGAUACAAAGUACCGAGAGGGCCUGCCUACGAUUCUUCAAAAUAUAGUCCUCGUGCUCUCGGAGGACGAACGCCCGAAGAAACGCAAGAAUAGAAAGAAGAAACUGGGCAAAAACGGGCUGUACCCGGGAGAGGACGAGUUUAUCAAAAAGUGCUGGAGAUCUCGGCAGCUGGCAGAACGAGGAGGACAGCAAGCAGAGCUGACCAAGGAGGAAGAAAUCAAACGACAUGUGUCUGAAUUGCGGCUCCGGGAGACGCAGCUUCAGAUCCUGCUUAUUCUGGAAGCUAUUUUCCUGAAGAAUACAACAAGCCAGGAUGCCAACGCAACGGAUGAAAACACCUCCGGGGCGAAACGGACCAAAAAGGGAGAAGACUUGAAUGUGCUUCUUGAGCUCCUGCUGGAUCGACUGUGUAUCUGGCACGCUGUAAGCGCAGCAGAGAGUGUAAUGGCCGAAUCCAUCGGAGACACGGCCGACAAUCAUCUGUCCGGGAAAAAAAUUGAAAGCGACGCUCUACGGGAUUUCUGCAACGAGGUCAUUAUUCCAUUCUAUGCUUCGCGUCUACCGGAGCAAUGCAAGGCUAUCAAGAAAAAGCUAGGCGGCGCCACUGAGCGAUCUCCCUCACGCCCGACUCCAGAGUCCAAAAACUCUUCCUCCAAAACACGACAGACCGAAGCAACCGAUAAACGAACACAGGCACUAAAGCCACCACGCCGGACGCUACAGAGAGUACUGACCGACGAACAAGCCGCCGCGUCUCAGCGAACGCGGCACCCAUCGCUAAUGCGGUCCAGCACGACUCCUGCACUGCAAGAAACCAAAGCCGAGUCACUGGAGCCGUCGCUACCGUCACUGGGUAACAGCGUCCGCGGCGGUAUCCAGGCAGCUCGACGGGUCGACAAACGAGAAAUCGACCUCAACGCCGUCGCCAAACAACACGAAACCAAAAUCAAGAAAAUGGGCAUGCUGAUGGAGCAAAAGAAGGAGCUGGAUGCCGCCAUCAGCGCAUUGCGGAAACCCAACCGCGAACUCGUCGCAAACGAACUUGCCGACCAAGCCGAGAAGCGAACGACGACGACAAGCGCACGAAAACCAAAGAACCCUGUUCGCAACCCGUACGGACAAGGCGUGCAGGUCAUGGCCACGCCGAAAGCGUCGAGGAAAAGGGACGUCAACAACAACGCGACAGCCCUUCUUGCGCCUCCGCGAGGACUAUCGCGCCGCUCUAGCGGGAAAGACCUGGGGACAUCUCCGGCACUAGGUAGCGACAUCUCUUUGGUUCCUCAGUCAAGUGCCGUGCGCUCUACAGUAUCGAGGUCUGUGGAUAAUAGACGCGAGGUCAACGCGAUAGACGAGACUCCAUCUCGAGGAACUUCCAAACUAUCAGACCCGCUGGGUAGCAUGGGCGAUAUGACACCAAACACUACACAAUACUCGAGGACGCUUUUCAAAGUCCCUACUCUCCCGCCAGCACCUACAACUACGCCAGCAGUAGCAACACAGUCAAUCGAUGACCAAGACCACGAAAUAUCAACCCCCGUGCCCAUGCGCAAGUCUACGAACAUGAUUUACAGCAACGACGCGAUCCACGAAACCCCGCCCAGAUCUGGCAGAUUACCGGCUCCCAUGAUGAUACCCUCUUCUCUAGCUCUUGUUGAUACCCCGGUCAAGCGAGCAGUGGCUCGCCGAGAGAUUGUCCAAAGUACACCUGAGAAAUCUAUUUAUGAACAGUUGGGCUGGGAUGAUGAUGACCUAGCUUUGUGA